CAAAGGCAACAUUAUUUUGCUUGCAGAAAAAUAUCUGGGACAGGUACACUUGUAAAAACUCAACGUAAAUUAGUGGUUGUCAAGAAUGUAGAAAGAUGGAGGGCUGGAGAAUAAUAGGUGACUACUGGGAACUCCUUUCUGAGGUGGCAAAAGUGCUGUCAGAACAAAUGUGGUAAUGGUUAUGCAACUCUGUAAAUAUGGGACAAAUAUUGACUGGGUACACUUUAAAUGGAUGACUUAUACAGUUGGUGGUUUUUACUUCAAUAAAGCUGUUAGAGAAAUAAUAGACCCGUCUUUUAGAGCAAGAUCCCCAAUUCUCUCCAUUCUGCUACUGAGAAUACCCUGAAAACCCAUGUACUGGGCCUAGUUUGCGGCAGGUAGUAAGCACUCCAGAGUGAGCAGCAGUGUUUACAGAGGCCCUCUAGUCUCAGCUAGGUCUUCAGGAGACCAGCCAUGCUGUCAGGCUCAUGCAUUCUGACAAUCUCCAUGUCUGGGAGGGCUUCCUGCCAACCUGCCUGCUUCAUGAGGGAGAACCAGACAGCAGGCGCUUAUUAACUACAGAACAGGCUGCUACAGAGCCUGUUGAAGAAAGUCUUUUUGAUCUGAUGAACAAGGCACACUGGGUGAUAGAGAUCAAGGCAAAUUCAUAUACAUGCACAUUUUUAUAAGUGGCAGUUCUUUUCCAGAUAUCAGAAAUAAGGAAGAAAAGUAGAGCUGCCAUCUAUGGUGUAAUCAUCAAGAAUAUUAAUUUUAAGUCUAGUUUUGUUCUUAUAAUUAGCAUACAAGGCUCUCUGCUCCUCCCUGUUCCAGAGACAGCCGCAUCUCAUGCAGUGCCAGCCUCGUCUCAUAGACAAGACGGUGAAGGUCGAUGUGAACGGAUUUGGCCAUAUUGGGUGCCUGGUUACCAGGGCUGUGUUCUGCUCUGCAUCUGGCAAAGUAGACAUUGUUGCCAUCAACGACCCCUUCAUUGACCUCAGCUACAUGGUCCACAUGUUCCAGUCUGACUCUACCCACGGCAAGUUCAAUGGCACAGUCAAGGCUGAGAAUGGGAAGCUUGUCAUCAACGGGAAGCCCAUCACCAUCUUCCAGGAGCGAGAUCCCGCUAACAUCAAAUGGGGUGACGCUGGUGCUGAGUAUGUCAUGGAAUCUACUGGCGUCUUCACCACCAUGGAGAAGGCUGGGGCUCACUUGAAAGGUGGGGCCAGAAGGGUCAUCAUCUCCGCUCCUUCAGUCGAUGCCCCCACGUUUGUGAUAGGUGUGAACCAUGAGAAAUAUGACAACUCCCUCAAGAUUGUCAGCAAUGCAUCCUGCACCAACAACUGCCUAGCCCCCCUGGCCAAGGUCAUCCAUGACAACUUGGAAUCGUGGAAGGGCUCAUAACUACAGUUCAUGCCAUCAUUGCCACUCAGAAGACUGUGAAUGGCCCCUCUGGAAAGCUGUGGUGUGAUGGUUUUGGGCAGCCCAGAACAUCAUCCCUGCAUCCACUGGUGCUGCCAAGGGUUUGGGCAAGGUCAUCCCAGAACUGAACAGGAAGCUCACUGGCAUGGCCUUCCGUGUUCCUACCCCCAAUGUAUCCAUUGUGGAUCUGACAUGCUGCCUGGAGAAACCUGCAAAGUAUGAUGACAUCAAGAAGGUUGUGAAGCAGGUGUCCAAGGGUCCACUAAAGGGCAUCCUGGGCUACACUGAGGACCAGAUUGUCUCCUGCAACUUCAACAGCAACUCCCACUCUUCUACCUUUGAUGCUGGGGCUGGCGUUGCUCUCAAUGACAACUUUGUAAAGCUCAUUUCCUGGUAUGACAAUGAAUAUGGCUACAGCAACAGGUGGUAGACCGCAUGACCUUCAUAGCCUCCAAGAAGUAAGAAACCCUGGACCACCCACCCCAACUAAGCAAGGAUACUGAGAGCAAGAGAGAGGCCCUCAGUUGCUGAGGAGUCCCCGUCCCACCUCAGCCCCCAACACUGAGCAUCUCCCUCACAAUUCCAUCCCAGACCCCAUAAUAACAGGAGGGGCCUAGGGAGCCCUCCUUUCUCUCUUGAAUAUCAUCAAUAAAGUUCACUGCACCCCCCCAAAAAAUAAUUAGCAUACAAAGUAACACACUUCCUGAUGUUAUUUUCCUACAUACUGAGUUUUGGUUAAUAGACUAACCAACUUCUCUUCUCUGUGUCUGCCCCCUUCCCAUACUGCCUUGCUUCCACUUCAACUCUCAUUGUCUAUGUGUUCCGUGACCCUUUUCUUCCUCCUUCCUUACAGCUCUAUCCCCUUCCCUCUUCCCCGGGCCCCUUUCUAGUUUUCUGGUCUCUACCCACACUUCAAAAAUUCAUUUUAGUUUUCCAGAGGUAGUUUCCUAAUAUUUCAUCAAAUACUGUGGGUACCUUUACAUAAUGAUAGGGCCAGAUUAACCCCAUUUAUCAGGAGUUGAUUCUUUACUGAACAGUACCUGCCCCACAGAUACCACAGGUCUUUGUGAGUCAUGAUUGUCCCUGUGCAGAGAACCAUUACUUCUUCAAAUGGUUAGAAAGGUUUUCUAAAACUCCACCCAUUACCUACUUACCAUUUCAACUAAUGCAUUAGCCGAAGUUGUCCCAAGGAACAGAAGGUGGCUUGCUUUUAAUCUUCCGUGCAACAGCAAAGGGAAUCAUAGCUUAACACUUGAAAGUGUAUCAGUGAAAGGAUACUGUAUGUUACUGUUGCAUGUUUACAAAUGGUCUUCCUUGUCUCCCUUCCACCCUUCCUUGUCUCCCUUCCACCCUUCACCGUCAUCUAGAACCCUUGAUAAUCUCCCUAAACACCCGGGGCAACAACUCAGAUCAAUCCCUGUUAUUCUGCUGUCAAAAGCUUUUAUUGCCCCUGGAAGUGCAUAAGCUUUGGCAAAUAAAGAAAACUUUUUUUUCUGACCAAAAAAAUGUAAUUGAAGAUAUAAAAUGUUAUGACCUAUAAACAUGAACAUAUUUAAGCCUACACAUGUGGAAAAUCCGUAAACAUAUGUAAUGUUCAAAAGAUAAAUUGCUUUCUGUAAAAUAAUUCUGACCAAUAAAGUUUGGAGCUAAUUGCUACAAGAAACAAACCAAUCAAGGGAUAAUGUGUAAUGUUAUUUAUAUUGUAUUAUGCUUAAACAUAAAACAUAUAGAUGCAUAAAGAAUCUCUAGUCCAAAUCUUACAUAAUUUACAUAAUGGAAAGCAUUUUGUCUUGAAGUAUCCUUACUUUUCCUUCUGUUCUGAGAAGCAACCUUGUUGGGUUUUGCAUUCUCAAUUAAGAGCCAUUUGGCUUCGUAGUUAUAGAUUGUUCCCUGCUUGUCUGGAUUGUAGAUUUGUGGUGAAGGGUGUGAGGUUAUUCUGACAUUCCUGCUUUGCAUGUGGGUUGUCAUUUUUCUUUUAGUAUUGGAUGGUGUGUGUGUGUGUGUGUGUGUGUGAGUGUGUCUGUGUGUGUCUAUGUGUGUGUGAAUGAGUAUUGUGUGAGUGUGUAUGUGUCUGUGUGUGUCUAUGUGUGUGUGUGUGAAUGAGUGUGUGUGUGAGUGUGUGUGUGUCUAUGUGUGUAUGUGGGUCUGUGUGUGUGCCUGUGUGUCUGUGUGUAUGAGUGUGUGUGUUUGUCUGUGAGUGUGUGUGUGUCUGCAUGUGUGUGAGUGUGUGUAUGUGUGUAUGAAUGAGUGUGCGAGAAUCUGUGUGUGUGAGUCUGUGUGUUUGUGUCUGUGUGUGUGAUGUUCUUUGUAUUUCUCAAAUCUUGACUAUGAUUGUGUACUGAAGAAUUACUAUCCUGUCAUGUGGAUUUGGGAUUGAAAAUACCUCUGGUGUUUGGAAGUCUAAUUCACUCCCUAGGGUAGGAAAAAUUUCUGCUAUAAUUUCAGUAAGAGUUUGUCUAUUCCUUUUGACUUUAUCUCUGUCAAAUUCUAUCUUCUAUCCCAUCAACUCCAGGUUUGGUCUCUGAAAUGUAUUCCCAGAAUCCAUAGAAAUCUUGGUUGCACUCCUUUAGAUUUCCUUGUAGAUUUCUGAUUAUAUUCUUGCUUCAGCUUUGACCUCCUUUCUUGAAUUUGUCCUUCAAGGUCUUCUCUGGUGAUAGCUCUUCUCUGACUGGCCGGUUUUUAACCCAGCUGCUGUCUUUGGCUCUUUCUCAAUGCUUCGACUUUCUUGUUAAAUUUGUCUUCUAUAUUUUCCCCUUUCUCAUAUAACUUACUGUUUUUUUCACCCUAGAGAUGGUCUUCUCGAGGUUUCGGGUAGACCCCCUUAGUCCAUGCAUCUAUGCUUUAGACUUCUAUGUGGUCAUUAGUCUGAGUUCUUUCUCAGACAUUUCUGCUGUCUCUGUGAUUCUGAAUUCUUUUGCAGAGGAGCUGGGUGGCCAAGGAUGGCUCAAGGUGAGUAAUUCUGUUUUCAAUGUCCCUUUAUCUCUUUAAUCUCUGUAUCAAUUAGAACAAUUUGCCUUCUGGUUGUAACUUACCCUUCUUCUAACUACAUUUUAUUGUUUUGUUUUCUGUGAAUCCUCCUAGAGGGAACUCUGCAUUAUAUCCAGCUGUAGAGACUGGACAGUCUUGUCACUGACUCCUGGCUUGGAUCCCGAAGAAAAACCUGUCUUGACAAGGUGACAUCAGGAUUGCCUGUGAAGCUGCAUGUUGACCACCAGAAUACCUCAAGGGAGUCAAAUCCCCAUCACAGGAUGAGCUUCAUGAACCAGUUGGGGCUAAAGUCAAAUUUCUAGUCCCAUAGUGAAUUCUGUAAGAACUGGAGUCAAAACCUGGAAAGAUAUGCUCACUAGUGCAAUAACAGAACAAAUGUCAUUGGGUAACUACUGGUUAGAUUUAAGGCCCAUUCCACAGAAGAAACGCAUAGCUCAGCUAUAAAUCUAAUGAAGAACUCUUUGCUGGGGAGUUCACAGGCCACAGAAGUGAAUCUAACACUAUUUUGUUAGAUGAAUAUAGUAUUGGAUCGCCCUCUAAAUCUAUGUCUCUAUUCCCACAUAUUAGUGCAGCUCUCAGGCUUCAUCAGAGAAACAUUUUCAUGUAGUAGAAGACAAAAUUCUCAACCAUAAAUGAGAUGUUUAUCUUACAUACCCAUCUCCAAAAGAUCUGGGAGCAUCAAGGAAAAGCAAGGAGAA